AUGGCCCUGCACGCCGGUCUUUGCACCGCGUCAGCACUCGGGGUAUUUGUCCUGUCUUCCGGAGUUCCAGCACCCUGCCACUCAUCAUCAGCAUCCGAUUGCCUCUAUGCUAACUUGAGGGGCUCGUGCUAUUGCGGCAUUUCCUCUGACAAUAUCCACAUUCACCACUCCCGCGGUGGGGCUCGUCGAUCAGUUCUAGUCUACUCUAAAGCAACGUCAGCUAUUGGUGGUCACGGCAUGAGCACCAUGAUUGUGAUCAUGAUGCCAAACGUGCCUGUUGAUACAGAAUAUAUCCCUCACCGCUACAAUACUGGUUUGCUGGAGGCACUCCAUGCAGGUGUACCUGAAAACACCCAAGGUAUCGCCGCUGCAGGCUAA